CGCUCUUCUCUAAUUCCUUUCAGUACUUUCAUCCCUCUCAAAUUUUCUAUUUUUGUUCAGCCCCCUUUCUCAGACUGGUCACUGCCCCCGAAUUACACCACAGCACUGUCAGAUCUGGGCUUUGCCUUUUCAGCUUCAAUUUUGAUUCACUGGAUCUGGUGCAUAAGAGGAGACUUGGAAUUGAAGAUUCACACUGCUAAUAUAUAUCCCUGCUUCUUACAAUGAAGAAGGUCUUUGAUCAAACUGUUAGGGACAUUAAAAGAGAGGUUAAUAAGAAGGUGCUUAAAGUUCCUGGAAUAGAACAGAAGAUACUUGAUGCAACUAGCAAUGAGCCCUGGGGUCCUCAUGGAACUCUCCUUGCAGAAAUUGCACAGGCUACUAGAAAUUAUCAUGAAUACCAGAUGAUCAUGGCGGUAAUCUGGAAGCGGAUAAAUGAUACUGGCAAGAACUGGCGGCAUGUCUACAAGGCUUUGACCGUAUUGGAAUAUCUUGUUGCCAAUGGAUCAGAGCGUGUCAUAGAUGAGAUAAGAGAACAUGCAUAUCAAAUAUCGACAUUGUCGGAUUUCCAGUAUAUUGAUUCUAGUGGAAGGGACCAAGGUAGCAAUGUCCGGAAGAAAUCUCAAAGUCUUGUGGUCCUGGUGAAUGAUAAAGAAAGGAUAAUUGAAGUUAGACAAAAGGCUGCUGCUAACCGGGACAAGUUUCGCAGCACAUCAGCUGGUGGAAUGUAUAGACCCAGUUCCUAUUCAAGUGCUGGAGGAUAUGGUGACAGAAAUGACAAUGACCGUUAUGAAGGCCGAUAUGGAAGUCGGGAUGAAGAUAGAAAUGGAUAUGGCUCCGGGAAAGAUGGAGAAUACAACUACAGGGAUGAUGAUAGAUAUGGUAGAUAUGGGGACUCGUAUAGUCGUGAUGGAGAUCGUAAUGGCAGAGAUUAUGAAGAACGCUACAGUAGAGAUGGAUACAGGGACGAUGAUUACCGGGGAAGAAGUCAAAGCGUUGAUGAUUAUGGCUCAAGAAGCAGGAGUUCUGAUAGAGACCGUGGUUAUGAUGAUGAUAGUCAAUCUUCAUCUCGUGGUAGUGGUGCCAGAGUUGAUGGUCAACCUCAUGAUGGAAGUAUUGCCAGGCAGCAUGAGCAAAAAUUUUCUGAACAAAAUAUUGCUCCUCCUAGUUACCAGGAAGCAUUAAGUGAAUCCCGGAGCCCUGGUUACAAUGAAAGGAAUGGAGAAACUUCAGCUGCAUCUGCUCCAGGAGUUUCUUCUCCAGCAGCACCAAGAGCUUCCUCUCCACCUGCAGCCAAAGCUGCUUCUCCAUCUGCAAGCAAUAAUCCAACUCAAGCAACUACCAUUUUGACUGCAACUGUAACUCCUGCAGGCCAGGAAGUCGAGGUGGCUGAUGAAUUUGAUCCACGUAGUCCUGUUUCAGCAGCUGGUCCCAUCCACACAGCUGCUCCUGCUGUUGCCACUACCUCAAACAAUGCUGAAAUUGAUCUACUUGGUUCCCUGUCAGAUUCAUUUACUGCUAACCCGUUGGCCAUUAUGCCAGUGGCCUCUGCAACUACAACCUCUGAAGCUGAUGCCCAGCCAAACUUUUCAGAAUCCAUGUUUGUUGCAACACAGCCAGCAUCUAGUGUUAUGAAUCAGCCUUUUGAAGAUCCAUUUGGUGACAAUCCGUUUAAGGCUAUUCCAUCUGCUAAUGAUCCUAUGUCAGCUCAACAGGCUUCUGUCUCCGCAGCCACUUUCAUGCCUACUGUGACUCAAAAUGCUGAAAUGCCCCCAACAGUGCCACAAGGCACAUUGAAUAACUUUGACUUUGGAGACACGUCCUCUGGCAUGACUUAUUCAGCAGUGACUGUUCAGCCAGCCUCAACAAACUCACAGUUUAUGCCUCAGGAACUUCCAACUUCACACCAGGAAACUGAUAUUCUGGCGGACAUCCUCCCACCAUCUGGUCCUUCGCCUGCUGGACCUACUCAGCCAGGUUUCUCAGCUGUGGUUGUUCAACCUGGAGAACCAAGUGCUAAUAUUUAUGGAAGCUACAAUUCACAGGCAGGAUCUGUGGCACUAGUAGCUCCAAAUGUGGGUCCUCACCCUGCACAAUUCAACAGUGGGAACUUCCUCCCACCUGGAGGAUCUACAGCUCCUUUCCCCUCAAACAUGGCUCCACAAACUCCAGCUGGACCCGGGACACAAUUUAACAAUGGAAAUUUGCUUUCACAGCAAAGUUCUGUAGGCCCAGGUGUCUCAUCCGGUUCUCACCAUCCUUCAGAUGGACCAACUCCGCAGUAUAACAAUGGAAACUUUCUCCCUGCUGCCCAAGUUGCUCACCAUACUUCAAGUGGGCCAACUCCACAGUUCAACAAUGCAAACUUUCUCCCACAUCAGGGCUCUGCUUCCCUGGCUGUCUCACAAGCUGCUAACCAUGCAGCUGGACCAACUCCACGGUUUAAUGAUGGUAACUUCCUCCAACAUCAGGGCUCUGCUGCCCCAGUUGGCUCACAAGUUGCACAACAAACAACAGGACCAACUCCACAGUUUAACAACGGAAACCUUAUGCAACAAGGGUUUGCUGCCCCUGUUGUUUCACAAGUUGGCUAUCAAGCUCCAAGUGGAUCUGCUGCUCAACAUAAUAGUGACUUAUUUUCCCUAGGUUCAAACGCUGUGAUGGCUUCUCAGCCAGCUCUUCCAUCUUCAACGGGAUUGCUUGCACAAUCAUCAAAGGACAAAUUUGAGACCAAGUCAACAGUUUGGGCGGAUACACUGAACAGAGGGCUGGUCAACUUGAACAUCUCUGGAUCUAAAAUCAAUCCUUUGGCUGACAUUGGGAUUGAUUUUGAUGCCAUCAAUCGCAAGGAAAAGAGAAUGGAAAAACCAACAACAGCUGCUGUUACAUCUACUGUCACAAUGGGUAAAGCUAUGGGAUCUGGUUCUGGCAUGGGCCGAGCAGGUGCAGGUGCUCUUAGGGCUUCAGUAAAUCCCAUGAUGAAUCCUGGCAUGGGAAUGGCUUCAGGCAUGAAUAUGGGAAUGGGUGGAGCUCCAGGCAUGGGAGUUUAUGGAGGCGUAGGUCAGCCCAUGGGAAUGGGGAUGGGUGUGGGCGUGAACAUGAACAUGAACCGACCUAUGGGAAUGGGGAUGGGGCAAGGUGGUCACAUGCAACCUCCAGGAUCAGCCAUGCCCGGUGGUUAUAACCCCAUGAUGGGCGCAGGUGGUUAUACUCAACAGCCAUACGGUGGAGGAUUUAGGUGAGAUUUAGCAGCUUUGUUAUGUUGAAGUGUAAUCAAUACCAGCCAUCUUCCUGAUGAAAAAAGAGGAGAGAUGGCAUAUCACCCAAUGUUACAAUUGAACAUCGUAGUAAAUAUCGUAUACAGUCUAAGGAUGUAUUUGGGUCCUAGUUGUAAGAUUUCGACAUGUUUCUUGAUGUGUAUUCAUCCGCUUGUAUCGCACUAGCAGAUUCGGUUGCAAUAUCAUUCAUUUUUUGGUGAGAAGAGUCAGUUUAGGUACAUUGCUGAUUUCAGCUGUUGUGAUUUUGUAAUAUGGUGAGGUUACUCAAUUUUUCACUUAGACAUGAUUUUUCUUUUUCUUGUAAUUUGGCAGAUAUGUAACUGUGCUUGAAUCUGAAAAUUCAUUUGUUUGUUGCGA